CGCUGAAUUACGUGUCUUUGGGUCGUCCAUGGACAAGACGCUAAGAUCUGGUUCCACGGCCGCCAUCGUGCCACUCGGUACCCGGUAUUGAAGACGCUGGCGACGUGUGCGUGCGACUGUACCCGAUCAAAGGUACAGUCCUCCACGGCCCGUCCCACGACCAAGUGCCCAGCGUCCAUCACUGGCGCGCCGCGUCACUUGCACCCAUGAGAAAGGUGCAGUUGCACUUGUACGUCACCGGCGCAGGUCAUUUCCAAACACUUGCUGCCACCAAACAUGGGCGUGCGCGACUGGUUUGGCCUCGGGGACGAGAGCAAGCUCGCGCAAGCGGCCGGCGCCGGCGACCUCUCGCUCGUGACGUCGCUCCUCGCGACAGGUGUGAACGCCAACGGCAUUUGCCUCGGCGUACCAGCGCUGUACAAGGCAGUCGUCGCCAAUCACGCUGCGAUCGCCCGGCUUCUCGUUGAAGCAGGCGCGAACCCGGAUUCGCCGACGUGGACCAAAGCAGUCCCUUUGGUAGCCGCCGUCAUCCGUGGCCACACGAGCUGCGCCGCGCUACUCAUCGAAGCUGGCGCGAGUCUUGAUGUGCUCGAUCGGCGUGGCGACUCGCCGCUGUACAUUGCUGCUGACGGCGGCUACGCCGACAUUGUGCGACUUCUUGUUUUGGGACACGCCAACGUCAACCUCUGCAACGCGACGGGGCAGUCGCCGCUCUUUACUGCGGCCUUGCACGGCUACACGGCGAUCGUUCAAGAUCUAUUGGCGGCCGACGCCAACUACGACUGCGCCAACCAGCUAGGGCAGACACCGCUGCUGGCGGCAGCGAUGGCCGGGCGGAAGGAGGUUGUUGCACUGCUACUCUUGGCUGGCGCCAAGAUCGACCACUGCAACGACUUUGGGCACUCGGCUGUGUUUCUCGCCGUGUACAAGGGCCAUGUCGAUGUGGUCGCCCAACUUGUGGCCGCCAGUGCCAACGUCAACCUCGCCAACGACGAAGGCUGCACGCCGCUCUUCAUUGCCGCCAAGCGCGGGCUGCGCGACGCCGUCAAGCUGCUGCUGGACGCGGGGGCGAGUACGCACCUCAGCGACAAGAGUCAAAAUACUCCGCUGCUCAUGGCGGCCAACGGCGGGUACACGGAGAUCGUCUCGCUCUUGAUCGCGGCCAAGGCCGACGUCAACCAGCCCAAUCAGAGCAAGGAUACCCCGCUGAUUUGGGCCGCCGACCGGGGCCACGCCCCCGUCGUGCAGUGUCUCUUGGCCGCCAAGGUGAACGCCAACCAUUGCAACACGGCAGGUCGGUCGGCACUGCUGGUCGCUGCGCGGGGUGGCCACGUCCCCGUGGUGGAGCUGCUUCUCGUCGUGACAGCUGACAUCAACAAAGCCGAUAUCAACGGAGAAACGGCCAUCUACACCGCUGCCCGACGGGGCCACGUUGCUGUUGUCAAGCUGCUCGUGGCCGCCGGCGCCAACACGCACCUCCCCGACAAGGUGAAUCCGCUGACGAUUGCGCGUCAGAACGGCCACCACACGACGGUGCGCGCCCUUCUCACAGCUCAGAAAGCGCAACUGAGUGCGCUCAAACCGCCCGUACUGUGCUUGGUCAAGCUCGGUCGCGGCCGGUACGGGGACGUGUGGAAGAGCUCGUACCUCGGCCACACGGUCGCCAUCAAGACCAUGUACCCGAGUAACGACGCCGCCUUUCUCAGUACUUUGGACCGCGCGCAGCAGCUCGACUGUCCACACCUUGCGCGGUAUCACGGCAUCGUUCACUCGGCAAACGGCACACACCGCGUCGCGAUCGAGUACGUUGAUGGCGGCAGCGUUCGCGACUACCUCGUCAAGCUCCAGCGACGCGAGCGCACGUCCACCUCGACAGUUGCCGUGGCGGUCGCCGCAGCACGAGGCCUUGCCGCCUUGCACACCGCUGGUCUCGAGCACGGUCGCUUCACAGCAUCCAACAUUUUUCUCUCGACGACGGCGGUGGCCAAGCUCACCGACUACUGCUUGGACGACGCUUCCCUCUGGGCGCGCACGUCGGCGCCCGAAGUCCUCGCCGGCAGUAGCCCGACGUCGGCGGCGGAUAUCUACGCUUUCGGGCUUUUCUUGGUGGAGAUGGAGACGCGCCAAGCGCCGUUUCCAGAGCUGCAUGACAUCGACGUCAUGGCGGGCGUCAAGCAAGGUACAUUGCAGCCCCAAUGCUCUGCGUCCUGCGCCCCAUGGUACCGCAACCUCGUGCUAGCGUGCGUGCAAAUAGACCCUAAACGCCGACCGACCGCCGCCGAUGUCCUUCAGUGUCUAGAGUCCAAUGCCAAGUUAGCAAUGUAAUCGAUAGACAUGCUUUGUUGGCGCAAACGCCGUAUGAAGGCCGCGACUCGGACUGUGCACACACCAAGAAGGAACGCGGCGCUUCCUGAACCAUGUGUUAGAGCCUAGGAAAACGAAAACUACGCGGGUUUAGGGUUUGUAUGAAGACGUCUGCAGACUUCAACCUCGACUAUCGUGGUGCUUUCUACCCUUAUUCAUUGCCAGGCCCAAGCCCCUCUAGAGUCUAGCACCACGAGACAAGUACUCCACGUUUGGGUGUCAUCUUCACUGAUCAAUCAGAUGCCAAAUGACACGCUUUCCGAAGAUCUGGCGAGUGUUGAUCCACCGGC